UGCCCGGACACCGGUUACGGUGCUUUCAGCAUGGCUGCCAUUGGCGUUCACUUUGGUUACACAUGCGCUUGUGUGGCUAUAUUGAAGGAUGGCCGAGCUGACGUCAUUGCCAAUGAUGCAGGAGAUAGAGUGACUCCAGCUGUUGUCGCCUAUAGAGACAACGAGCAGCUUGUGGGUAUCGCAGCGAAGCAAGGACGGGUCCGCAAUGCUGCCAACACAGUUGUCAAAGUCAAGCAAGUGCUGGGCAGAAGCUUUGAUGACGCAGAGACGCAAGCUCAUAAAUCAGAGACCAAGUGUCAGGUGGUAAAUCGAGGUGGGAAGCCGUAUUAUGAGAUUACUGCAGGAGAACAACCACAGUAUGUUGCGCCAGAGAACGUGGCCAAACUCAUCUUCCACAAAAUGAAGGAAACUGCUCAGUCAGCUCUCGGCUCGGACGUCACCGAUGCCGUCAUUACUGUCCCCUUUGAGUUUGGAAACACUCAGAAGCGUGCGCUGAGGGAGGCAGCUGAAGCCGCGGGGUUCAACGUCCUCAGGUUGAUCCACGAACCUUCUGCUGCUCUGUUAGCCUAUAACAUCGGACAGGACUGUUCUGCUCCUAAGAGCCAUGUUCUGGUUUACAAACUGGGUGGGACCUCUCUGAGCGUGACAGUCCUGCAGGUCAACGGCGGAAUGUUCCGGGUUCUGAACACCCACACUGACCACAGCAUCGGUGGGGAAAGUUUCACGCAGGCCUUGGCCCAGCAUCUCGCCACUGAGUUCAGACGCACUUUCAAACACGAUGUGAGCUGUAAUCCACGGGCCAUGCUUAAGCUGAUGAACGGUGCAGACAUGGCCAAGCACUCGCUGUCUUCUCUGGGAUCAGCCAACUGCUUUGUUGACUCCCUGUACGAUGGUGUGGACUUUGACUGCAAUGUCUCUCGAGCUCGAUUUGAGCUGCUCUGCUCCUCGCUCUUCAACAAGAGCAUCCAGCCAAUCAGACGCCUCCUCGAGGAGAUCAAACUCUCCACCAGUGACAUCAACAAGGUGGUUCUUUGUGGCGGCUCGGCCCGCAUCCCUCGUCUGCAGCAGAUGAUGCGCGAGAUGUUCCCCGAUGUGGAACUCCUCUUCUCAGCUCCUCCUGAUGAGGUCAUUGCAGUGGGGGCGGCCCUCCAGGCAGGUUUAUUGGUCGGCAGGGACCACCAUGUUGCUGACGACGAACCUGUCCAAGUUGAUGUGUCUGCCUCAGACAUACUAGUUAAGGAGGUGGAUGAAUCCGGAGGGGAGGCAUUCACCGUGCUUCUGCAGUCCGGCUUGCCGCUCCCUGCACGCAGACAUCACACCCUUAGUGGGGGAGGCCAACUCUCCUCCGUCUGCCUAGAGAUUUACCAGAGAUAUGCCGCCGAGCAGCCAGAGAAGCUUGCCAAGAUUAUCCUGCGUGACCUGCAGCCCCAAGAUGACCACCACAACGUUGACACUGUAGUCACUAUGACGAGGGAUGGUUCCGUCCACGUUUCCUGUGUAGAGCAGAACUCUGGGAGGUCAGAGGUCAUCACCAUAGCUGCUGCAUCCUGAUACCACUGCUGUACAAGUCCAGAACACAGUACACCCUGUCACUGCGCAAUACGUACCCGGAACGCAAUCAGUGCCGCGCAUGCGCAAGGACUAUGUCACUUCCUCUUUGAGCUAAUUUUUACGACAGCACUUCUGCGACGUCACGUGCUGUGGUACUUAUUAUUUUUUAAAUAUAUGACUAAAAAUGGUCAAUAACUAUACUUCCUAUAUAUGUAAAAUGUUGGGAGGUUAUUUUAUAAGUGACUCUUGUUAAAAUACUUCGUUAGCAUGGUAAUGUUUCUAUUAUGACUACGUAGUUCUAUUAUGAGCUACAUAAAAACUUGCAAUGCACGUAGCGCAGAUGUAAACGUCAUCCAGUUACGUGUAACAUACAUACAUAAAUAGAAUAAAACACACAAAAUGCAGUUAUAUUUCAAUGGAAACAACCAUAAGUAGAGUGCAAUGAUGGAUUCAUCUAGAGGAGUCAGCUUUUUCAGGUUUUUUUUCUAAACGGGGAAAUACCAUGCAUCCAAACAUAUCUUCCAAGUAAAUGUUUUGUGUAUUUUUUCAGUGUCGAAAAAAAAAAUGUAAAAAAAGGUAUGGCACAAAGAAAAGAGGGCUUAUUAAUUGUCCACUUGCACCGUGGAUAUGAUAUAAGAAAAAAAAACAUUGAUUAUGUUAUUUGUCAACUUUCUAUCUAUCUUAAUUUGUUUUUGAGAGUAGAGGGAGGACGCUUGCUGCCGUAAAAUAGAUCGACGGAUGGCGAAGAUAAUACAUGCCUAACGUGACUGCCGAAAAGUAGGCCGACCGGACGUAGACGCGUUCUGCACAUGUGUAGAACCCAGUUGAACCGAUUGCGUUCCGGGUUCGUAUUGCACAGUGACACACACUGCCACAUGCUGUUCCUGAUUUUUUUUUUUACUGUUUAGAAUUCAAUAAAAACUAAAUGCAA